GUGGAAGCCUCCUUAAGCCUGUGGAGCUCCAGUGCAGUUUGUGCCAGGUGGAAUGUUUCACAGGCACAUGGUUUAUACAGCUCAAAAUAACUUGGGACCUGUGAGCUGACAAAUGCUCUGGCUUCGGUGGUGACAGGUUGUCCAGCUUCUUACAGCCAUCUUCACUGAAACUAAGGUUAACUCCUCACUCUCUAUGGACGGCUGCUCUCUAUUCCCAAGGACGUGAAGAACUUUCUUUUUCUCCUCUGCUUUCAUCUAAAAGUUCUCCUUGGAUAAUUAUCAUCACAGUGGAGUGCCUGGGUUGGACAUCUUCAUCUGGGUCAACUAAAAAAAGAAAGCAUGCAAGACGACAGCAUAGAAGCUUCUACUUCCAUAUCUCAGCUUUUAAGAGAGAGCUAUUUAGCAGAAACUAGACAUCCAGGAAACAAUGAGAGGAGUCGAGCAGAACCUUCCUCCAACCCUUUCCAUUUUGGCAGUCCUGGAGCUGCUGAAGGAGGAGGCCAAGAUGACCUUCCAGAUCUUUCAGCCUUUCUGAGCCAAGAAGAAUUAGAUGAAAGUGUCAAUCUGGCAAGACUGGCCAUCAAUCAUGAUCCUUUGGAGAAAUCAGAUGAAGCUCAAGCUAGAAAACGUCUUUCUUCUGAGCAGAUGAAACACUCACCUAAAUCAAGUUCUGACCCUAACUUCUGCCAAGAUAACUCUCGAAGUCCUUCCAGCUCUAAAGAGAGCCCCCAGGAGGCAAAAAGGCCACAGUAUAGCUCAGAAACCCAGUCCAAAAAAGUAUUUUUAAAUAAAGCUGCCGAUUUCAUUGAAGAGCUGUCCUCCCUUUUCAAAGCCCAUAGUUCCAAAAGGAUUAGACCUCGUGCUUGCAAAAACCACAAGAGUAAAUUGGAAUCUCAAAACAAACUUAUGCAGGAAAGCAGCUCCAGUGUCUCAGAUCUAUCAGAGAGAAGAGAAAGAUCUUCUGUUCCCAUCCCUAUCCCUGCAGACACCAGGGACAAUGAAGUGAAUCAUGCCCUUGAACAGCAGGAAGCUAAGAGGCGUGAGGCUGAGCAGGCUGCCAGUGAGGCAGCUGGUGGAGACACCACCCCAGGGUCUUCACCUUCAUCUUUGUACUAUGAAGAACCUCUGGGGCAACCUCCCCGGUUCACUCAAAAGUUACGGAGCAGAGAAGUUCCAGAAGGAACCAGAGUACAGUUGGAUUGCAUAGUGGUAGGAAUUCCACCACCUCAAGUAAGGUAA